AUGCCAGCACCCCCAUCCUGGAACCGUCUCAGCAUUGACCAGGCCGCCUCUCAGGCUUAUAAGCUCUUGGAGAAGAAUUGGACUACACGGAAUAUUGAAGGACUCAACAAAGUGCUUUCUCAAUAUGAACGGCUCCUGCCUCAUGCUGCCGUGGACAGCCCCGGAAGAUGUACACUGCUCUACAUGAUUGCCAUGGCAUUGACCAUUCGCUAUGAGGUAACCAUGGCGUCCAAAGACAUUGAGAACGCAGUUACAUACACCCAAUGUGCGCUGUUUUGGCUCCCCGAUGAGCCAGUCCUUCAAGCAGGAUGCGCACGAGCCCUUAUCUAUCGGCACCAAAGUACCGGGUUUGACCCAGAUCUUGAUCACGGCAUUGUAGACCUUGAAGACGCGAUGACCUCUCCUUCAUGGAAUCGUGCUCAACAGUGCGAGAAUGCAUCGCUCCUCGUGACGGCAUAUACACUGCGUGAUCGUGGCGACGAUGACUUCGAGAGAGCGUGGUCAUUAAUGAGCAAACUUAUCGCUGGAAUGCCUCUUGACAUCGACGAACCUUUGACUGAUGGCUUCCCAGAAACAGAGGAGGAGGUGGCGAAGCUUCCCCAAAAUCAUUCAUUACGGACAGAGGGAUGGAUCUUGCUUGCUCGCCGCACAAGCAGCCGGUAUAACCGGACGGGGCAGAUCGAAGAUCUCGAGACAGCCAUCUUGGCAUUGGAAAGCGUGUUGCCGAGGCUGUCGCCAGGGGAUCACGUUUGGCGUCGCCUUGUACAGCAACGCCUGGGCCAGGACCUACGGUUGAUAUUUCAGAAAAAUGCCGAUGUUGCUGAUAUCAGGGCAGCAUAUAGACAUCUUAUGAAAGCUAUCCGUGCGCCUUUGCUGGAUGAGUUCGAAAAGGUCAAUCUGUUCGUGGAGCUGUGUCAAGUCUUGAUCUGUCGGCAUGGAGCAACCGCAAACAAAGAUGCGUUCAACCGAGGGGUCGAAAUCCUGGAGUCUUUGGUCCCAUUCGUGAGACACAAGAAGGGCUUAUGUAUGGCCAACUUGGGGCUUCUUUAUAGCUAUUUGGCUAGCGCAGAGAAUCUCUGGGUGCAAGAUGCCAUCUCAAAGACUGAAAAAGCGGUGGCUUCAAUAGGCGUGACAGACCCUGUUCGGGCAGGGCUUCUCUACAAUCUAGGAAUGCUACUGCUGGAAAGACGACGAUGGGAACAGGCCGAUGGAGGGGCGGGAUUGGGAUGUAUGGUCCAAUGCUGUCAACGCCCCACAGGUAGCCCGUUGGCUCGUGUUCUCAGCGCGAGGAAGGCGGUUGAGCUUUUGAUAUUGGACGGCCAUUUGGAAAGAGCCCGUGAAGUCGCCCAGAUGGUGCUCCACCUCCUGCCGUAUGCCUUUAGCCGAGAUCUCGAGCGUCAGCAUCAACAGCGUUCCCUCAGGGAAUUCAAGGACUUUGCGAGUGAUACCUGCUCCAUGUUGCUGAAGCAAGGCUAUGCUGAUGAGGCUCUCAUUACAAUCGUGUUCGUGCGGGAUAUUACCAACCCAUACAUCCUUGACUGUCAACGGAACCUGCCCGACUUGAGUCAGAGUCAUCCAGAAUUAGCGGAGGAAUACGAGACUAAGCAGGAGUUGUUUGCUCAAACUGCUCACGGCGGGGAUAUCGGAAUCUCUGUACGAGGGAGGCGCACAGCACUCCAUCAGCUCCAAGAGUGUGAAGAACGAAUUCGCCAACAAGCGGGCUUCGAAGACUUCCUCCGGCGGCGGACCAUCCCAGAGCUGAUGGAUUGCGCCCGGGAUGGACCUAUUGUUAUUGUUAACUGGUCACAUAUCAGUUGUGAAGCUAUUCUUAUCAUGUCGUGUGGCAUUGAUACCGUCCCUCUGCCAGACAUGAUGUCUGAGGCUCCACCAGAAUCCAAGCGACAUCUUACUCGGAACGCGAAUAUAGGCAGCGAUGCUGAAGAUGCGGACCCGAACUACGAUGAGUCUGACCGGGAAGAUGAUAUUUCUUCCCUUACAAAAGAGCUAUCUUGGCUUUGGGGUACCUGCGUCCACCCAAUUUUGGAAACGCUCGCUUCCCAUGAUGCAAUAUCCACCACGGGCGAUAGAAGUCGGGUUUGGUGGAUGGGAACCGGAGCUGCCAGCGGCCUUCCAUUUCACGCUGCUGGGGAGGACGACGAGGAUAGUUGUCUUCACCAGGUAAUCUCGUCCUACGUACCGUCUAUCAAGGCACUUCAAAACGCACGCGCAAGGGCGGCAGAGCAGCUAGAAAGGAAUCACCGAUCGUCCGUCCUGGAGAUCAUGAUGGUUGAACGAUCUGAGGAUUGCUGGGCAGGAGGGAUGAAUCAUGAUGAGCAGGAUCUACUACGGGCAGAGAUAGCAGUCAUUGUGAGGGAUAUGGGAAAUAUUCGUAUGGAAAACCCACAAUUUAGGCUCACUAGCGGUGGGGUUGUGCGUUUCGUCUGCACAGGACAUCCAGACCCUCAAGAUCCUGCACAUGAUUAUUUCCUCCUUGAGAGAGAAACUGAAUCGGGAUCAGUUACUGAUGGAAUCACCAUAUCCACGAUCCUCAACAGAAAGCCGACACACUAUAGAUCAAUUUGCUCCCCACCGGAAAUAGUGUAUCAAUCCAUAAACUCCCCCACCAAGGGUUUGAUGGAUGAGCUACGCUCCACAUGUCCUGCUCAUGUCGUUGAUUCCAUGUGGCCUUGUACCGAUGACACAUACAACGAGAUACAAGAAUAUUUCGCCAUUUCGGAUCCUACCCGGGGGGUUGCAGAGGCUGUUCGAGAUGCCCUGCUGGAGACCAGGGAUGAAUUUGGGCCUAAAUGUCCAGCCUGGGUAACAUUUACUCAUACCGGAGCCUAGACUGUGUCUCUGACUUUCUAUUAUGUUUGCUGUCAGACAUUUCAUAUUUUCCACCUCGAGCAUAUCUCGGAAU